AUGGACUCUGGCCUUGUUGCAGAUUUCUUGGCAGAUCAUCCAGGAGAAGAAAUUGAGAAUAUGGAUUCCAUGGAUACAUCCAAUGCAGAUAUGCUGACCAGGGCUCACACCUGUCUCAACAAUCCCAUUUAUUCAGUCCAUCUCACCCCCUGGAAGCUGUACUUUGAUGGGUCUAAAACCGAUUUAGCUUCUGGAGCAAGAAUUGUUUUAGAAGAUCCACUAGGAAUCAGACACUAUUAUUCAUUCCAGCUAGAUUUCCAAUGCACCAAUAACAAAGCAGAAUACGAAGCUUUGAUCAUAGGUCUCGAAAUACUGGUGGAGCUAGGAAUCCGGUCUGUGGAAAUUCUGGGAGAUUCCAUGCUUGUAUUGAAACAGAUUGCUGGAGAGUACAAGUGUUUGAGUCCCUCCUUAGCUGUCUAUUUAGUGGCAGCCAGAAAUCUCCUGGUGGAAUUCAUGGAAGCCACUUGGGAACAUAUUCCAAUGGAAGAAAACCUUGCAGCUAAUGAGAUGGCCUAG